UCCAUCAUUGCCAAAAAAGUAAAAAAAAAAGAAAAAGGAAAGACGAUUAGAAGAAAACAAAAGAAAUUCUCGCGACCCGAGACAAGCCAUCGUGACCUGAAAGCUCCGGUCACAAACAGAAGGAUUGCUUCACUUUCCAUUCCCUUCCUCUCUACUCUUCUCCUCUUCUCUCGCUCUCCUUCUUACAUCAACCAAAACCCAGUGAAACCGUAACCAUCAAGAAAAAGAAAAAGCAAAAAAGAAAAAGGAAGGAGCUUUGUCGUACAGUAUCUGAUUCUUUCUUCACCAAAACCAAGGAAAAAGAAAACCUAAUUGGUUACUGUUUAUUCUGUGUUUACAGAUCCAUCUUUGAUUCAUUGAUCUUAGGUUUUUUGGGAGAUGGCGGGGGUGGACCAUUGUUACUCUACGCAAUUGAUCGACGGAGAUGGAGAGUUCAAUGUGGUUGGACUCGACAACUUCAUGCGGAACACUAAGCUCUCUAACUGUGGCCUCUCUUAUGCCGUUGUUGCCAUCAUGGGCCCUCAAAGUAGCGGAAAGAGCACCCUGUUAAAUCAUCUUUUCCACACAAAUUUCAGGGAGAUGGAUGCAUACAGAGGAAGGACUCAAACUACCAAGGGUAUUUGGAUUGCACACUGUGUUGGUAUAGAGCCUUUCACAAUGGCCAUGGAUUUGGAAGGAACUGAUGGAAGAGAAAGAGGCGAGGAUGACACUACAUUUGAGAAACAAAGUGCCCUUUUUGCUUUGGCUGUUGCAGAUAUUGUGCUAAUAAACAUGUGGUGUCAUGAUAUUGGUCGGGAGCAUGCUGCCAACAAACCUCUUUUGAAAACAGUUUUUCAGGUUAUGAUGCGAUUAUUCAGCCCCCGGAAAACAACAUUGCUAUUUGUUAUACGUGAUAAAACAAAGACUCCUCUUGAAUAUUUGGAGCCUAUUCUAAGGGAAGAUAUUCAAAAGAUAUGGAAUGCAGUUCGUAAACCUGAGGCCCAUAAAGAUACACCCCUCAGUGAAUUCUUUAAUGUGGAGGUUACUGCUUUAUCAAGCUAUGAAGAAAAAGAGGAGCUAUUCAAAGAGCAGGUCACUGAACUAAGACAACGGUUUUUCAAUUCUAUUUCUCCAGGAGGACUUGCUGGUGAUAGACGGGGUGUUGUCCCUGCCUCUGGAUUCUCUUUUAGCGCACAGCGGAUAUGGAAAGUUAUAAAAGAGAACAAGGAUCUGGAUCUUCCUGCUCACAAGGUAAUGGUUGCCACAGUUCGUUGUGAAGAGAUUGCCAAUGAGAAGCUCCAUCGCCUAUCCUCUGAUGAGGAUUGGUUAGCAUUGGAACAAGCUGGUCAGUCUGGGCCUGUCUCUGGUUUUGGGAGAAAGCUGAGCUCUAUCCUAGAAACCUACUUUUCAGAAUAUGACAUGGAGACAAUCUACUUUGAUGAAGGUGUAAGAAAUGCAAAACGAAAACAACUGGAGUCCAAAGCUUUGGAUUGUGUGCAUCCUGCUUAUCUUAACCUGUUGGGAAAUUUACGCGUCAAAGCACUUGAAAAUUUUAAGUCUAGACUGGAACAGAUGCUGAAUAAAGGAGAGGGAUUUGCAGCUUCUGCUCAUACAUGUAUCAAGUCUUGUAUGCUAGAAUUUGACCAAGGAUGUGCAGAUGCUGCCAUCAGACAGGCUGAUUGGGAUGCUUCUAAAGUUAGGGAUAAACUUCGCCGUGAUAUUGAUGCCCACACAUCAUCUGUUCAAAAUGCAAAAUUGUCAGAAUUGAUGGCCAGCUAUGAGAAACAACUUAGUCAAGCACUAUCUGAACCAGUGGAGUCUCUAUUUGAUGCUGCUGGAAUAGACACCUGGGCUUCUAUAAGAAAGCUUCUUAAACGUGAGACUGAGACUGCUGCAUCAGAGUUUUCAACUGCCAUUUCUAGUUUUGAGUUAGACCAACCGACAAAUGAGAAAAUGCUGCAAGAUUUGAGCAAUUAUGCGAGAAAUGUGGUGGAGAAGAAGGCAAGAGAAGAAGCUGGAAAAGUUCUGAUCCGCAUGAAAGAUAGGUUCUCAACUGUCUUCAGUCAUGACAAUGAUUCAAUGCCAAGAGUUUGGACUGGAAAAGAAGAUAUUAGAACAAUUACGAAGGAUGCUCGUACUGCGUCUCUGAGGCUGUUAUCUGUAAUGGCUGCCAUUAGGUUGGAUGAGAAACCGGAUAAAAUUGAAAGCAUACUGUUUUCCACCCUAAUGGAUGGAAGUUUGGCUGUUGCAUCUUCACAACAAAGAAGUAUAUCAACUUCUUCAGACCCUCUUGCCUCUAGCACGUGGGAGGAGGUUUCUCCAAAUAAUACCCUGAUUACACCAGUGCAAUGCAAGUCACUGUGGAGACAGUUCAAAGCAGAGACUGAGUAUACAGUUACACAAGCUAUUUCAGCACAGGAGGCUUAUAAGCGAACUAACAACUGGUUACCUCCUCCAUGGGCCAUUGUGGCAAUGGUUGUUCUUGGAUUUAAUGAAUUCAUGCUCCUUCUAAGGAAUCCUCUCUAUCUCAUGCUUCUUUUUGUUGCAUAUUUACUCUCAAAAGCCAUGUGGGUACAGAUGGAUGUUGGAGGGCAGUUUCAACAUGGCACUGUAAGAAAGAGACUGGCUGGGUUGAUCUCUAUUUCAUCAAGGUUUCUUCCCACUGUUGUGAAUCUUCUAAGGCGACUUGCUGAAGAGGCUCAGGGCCAUCAAACUGCUGAGGCCCCCAGGCAACAACCAUCAAUGGCCUUUCAGAGUUUCAGGAAUCAAAGUCAGCUAAAUCCAACGAGCUCAAUUCCAGAGUCAUCUGUAUCAUCCAGUGUUUCAGCUUCUGAUGGUGGUAUUGAGUACUCAAGCCCUAACUUAACGCAGAGAAGAAGUACAAAAGUUCAAGAAGCAGAGCUUUCUUAAUAAAAGCCGGUCUUCCAGUGUAAAAUGUAUACCAAAAUAGGUUUAGUUGCUCCUCAUGCAACUUAAAUUUUCUUUGGCAUAAAAAAAUGGGGAUAUAUGGAGAGAGAGAGUCUGUUACAUAUGUAACAAAAGAAUAAUCCAGGAUGCUGGAUUAGGCUGUGUUCUAGGUUAGAAUAGGAUAACACCAAAGUUGGCAGGGCGAUUUGUAUUCUAUACUGUCUCAUAUAGAUUUACUUAAUGAAAUCUCUUUUCUUCUCA